AUGGCACUCGUCACAUCCAGACUCCGCCCUCUCCGCCAGAUCACCGCACUCGUCUCAUCAUGCCACCCACUGCUUCGCCCCGAGACAAACCGCACCAAGAGGAAACCGGGUCCACAUGACCCCACGAGCACCCCGGCCUUUUCCACCAGCGCCCGCCGCAGCCAUCCAGCACACGAGGAGAACACCGGCCCCUCCCCCCCCUCCCGGCCACCCCGCCUCGCCUGCCCCCAUUGCACCCAAACCUUCACCAACACCGCCCGCCUCUCACUGCACGUGAAGCAAGUCCACGAGAACCCGAAACUGCUGACGUGCCCGCACUGCCUGCGCCUGUUCAGCGCCGAGGACACGAAAAAGCUAAAUGACCACAUCCACCGCAAACACCGCUUCCGGAUGCUGUACUUCGAAGAGUACAAGGACCCCUCGCCGCUCGACCUCUUCUUCAAGAAACACGUCGAGCCAAGGCUGUGGGACAUGCCAAAGCCGGGGGACUGGGUUUACGACUGGGCCCUGCCGCCGUCCCUGUCGUUCAAGAGGCUGUACUUCUUCAGACGCUGGGAGCCCGGCGCGCGCAAGUUGAGGCUGGCGCGCCUGUUCUAUGGGAAGGCGCUGGUCGGCGAGCUGGUCGACAACCUCGGCCACACCGAUCCGGACGGCGUGCUGGCCGAUUGGCGGAAGCUGUGCAGGGCCGUCGGCGUCGCGGAGAAGGCGCUGCCGGCGGAUGUCGACGCGUGUCGCGAGCUGAUGAGGGGCAAGUACGUCAACCUGCUUGAUCUGGCGUGGUGGCUGAAGUGGAAGUGCCAUGAGGUGCCGGGCAAGAAGGUCAUGGUGUUUGGGUCGGUCAAAGAGCUUCAACGAUACUCGAAAGUUGCGGAAAAGGGCUUCCCGGAGGAGUACCUGGAUGAACAGCUGAAGCGCGACUUGUGGGGGAAGCUGAAAACGGGUCCGGUUGUCCGCUAUCUUCUGGACAUCGCUUUGGACAUUUAUAGGGAAUAUCGAGACUCUGGCCGGCAGUACGGCUUGCCGCGAGUCGAUUGGCAGAAGGAGGAGGAGAGAAGAAAACAGCAGAAGAAGAGACAACAAGAAGAGAAGAAGAUAAGAAGAGAAGAAGUAGAGGACUUGGUGCGUCUAGAGGCCGAAUUCGUUGCGACCUCGGCAUUCACAAACAAGAGUGUGGACGGCGUCUCCGACAUGCCGAAGGAUGCUGGUGCAGUUCGAGAAGGACGCGUGGUGUCGGGUCGGGAUAUUGACGUGAAGCUGGAAGGGUAG